AUGGCCGAUCGAGACCAGGCUUCGCUGUCGGCGACGGGCACGCGCGGGCCGGCCGUCAACCGCGCCGUCAAGCCGACCAACGUCGGCCUCACCGCCUCGAUCUCGGCCGCCGUCGGCGUCCCGCACCGCUGCCCGACGUGCGCCAAGGCGUUCGCGAGGCGGUACGACCUGACUCGGCACGAGCGCCUGCACUCGGGCGAGCUGCCGUUCGAGUGCGGCAAGUGCGGCAAGCGGUUCCCGAGGAGCGACGCGAGGAGGCGACAUCUCCUCGGCGAGCGGUGCGAGCUCGAGAAGGAGGAGGAGGAGCGAGCGCGCCUCGAGCUCGUCUCUGCUCGCUCGCGAUGGUCCGGGAGACGUCUGUAGCCGCACAGUGCAACUGCAACGAGAUCGUGUCUCUCUC